CUGUGCAGACCGAGACUGCAGACAUGCAGCAACACAGAGCGGCAUAUAUGUUUAACGAGGCUGCAGCACAAUGGUUUUCUGACGAGGUGUCACAAGUGAGAUCCUUGGAAACUGGAUAUUUGUGACCUAUCAAACAUGUGACCAGACAACAACCACAAGUGACUUUCCUGUCAAGUUCCCUUACCCACAUCAUGGUCUUACAGUGGAAUAUCUUUCUUCUUUUCCCCCUCUCCUUGUCUCUCAUUCUUCAUGUCGUAGCUUUAACUGGAGAAAAUGCCAAAGAAAUGCAGCAGACAGACAUCGACAGUGCAGUGCAGUUUCUCACACAACCCUUCCACAAACCACAUGGAUCUGCCUCAGCACUGGCUAAUCCCAUAUUUGGACCUGAGAAUGUUGACUUCCUGAGUCAGCCUUUAACCUGGCCGUCAUCUUCCUCUGAGGAUUCAGACAGACAAGGUGUGAUUGGUGAAUACAGCGAUUUGCCAGAGGGCACUGAUACGUCGCUUUUACAUCCUGAUGACAUGGGACUUAUUGCCAGAUCCACAGAAAGUGCAACUGAUGAUACCACCUCCAAGGAGAGUAGGUCUUCAUCAGGAAGUAAACCACAAAAGCCUACCCAUAAACAAACAUUCAAUUAUCAGUCAGCUGAAAAGACCACUGAAUCUAUAUUGUAUCACACACAGAGCAAAGAGAGGGAGCCAACAUUCAGAACAUCGCAGAAUGAGAUGACUGAUAGUCUUUUAACUUCUCUUCUGUCUGACUUACUUACAUCACACGAAACUGAGAAGAACUCAACUUCAUUCCUGUUUGCUGGAUCUGGGGAAAAUCCUGAAUACCCUACACCAGCUGGCAGGGACAACUUGGGAAGGAUUGGAGACAUUACAGUCUCUGUACAGGGACAACAUGAUGAACUGACUGAUGCUACAGAUCAUAAUUUACACAGAGGAACAAUCAGCACACAGACAACCAGUGAUGACUCCAGAAGAAAAAACCUGCAUGUUUCAAAGGACGUUGGCACAGUUAUGCUUGGCCGCAACAUGGACAUAUCUACCACACCAUGCAAAGCAUCAGAUCAGCCCUGGACUCCAACCAACCCAGACGAUUUCACACCCAGCGAGUCCUUACGCCCUCCUCUGGUUCUCAACCCUGCCCUGUUGGUUCCUCUGUAUUCAGACUGGAACUCUGCUCUUGCUACAUGGGGAUUUGCAUGGGAAGCACACAUCUAUGGUCUGGGAUCCAUCUUCACUUUGUUUGGCCUAAUCUCUGUGGUAUGCCUGUUAGGCUUGCCCCUGCGGUGUCCCCCUGGAAGCCUUUAUUUCACUAUGUUGCACUUCUUCAUACUGGUAUUUGCAGGGACCCAAGCUUUCUGUUUGCUGUAUGAUGCUUAUAGCGCUCAAGAUCAUCUCCCCCCCCUCAUAGCACUGCUGCUCUCUGAACUGACUUUGCCUUGUUUGAUAUCUGCUUUCUCCCUGGCUUUCCUCAUUCUUUCCUUGCGUUCUCGAAAGCAUCUGUCUCUUCCAUUUGCUAUGUCUACCUCAUGUUCAGCCUUGCCCAAGCCUUGUCUUUUACUAUGCAUGUCUUUGUUGCAUUUUAUAAUCUCACUAGGGUGUGUUGGCCUCCUUCAUCUUUUUCAUAACCUCCCUACUGUGAUCUUGCUAUUCCCUCAGGGUGUAUUUGUCUGCCUUACUGUCUUUCUGUCAUGUUCUUACCUCAUCUUCUACUGCUUAACACAAAUAAACACUAAACACAUUUACAGGCUGAAUGACAAUGGCGAAAAUGGCGGAUCCCCUGAAGUGAUGCGACCUGCACGUUGCCCCUUUUCUAAAGUAGAGGAUUGGGAUAGGGCAGCAGGAGCUGGAAUAGGAACUUCAUUGUGCUUGUUAGGAUGUGGGGGUCUUCAGCUUUAUGGAAUCCUGCAUGCACUUGGUUUUGGUGGGGUUGAUGGUUUUGGCUUCCAUGCCUGGCCCUGGUGGGGCUACCAGGUAGGCUGCAGACUCUGUGAAGUAGGAGUGUGUUUAGGUUUGUCUAUUAUUGGAACACAUCCUCUAUUAUGUCACAACAGCUCCUCUGUCAAAACCUUAACCAAUCCUCGACCAGGAUCUUGGUCCCGUCUGUCUUGCAGUUCCCCCUUACGAGGGCUCACCCUGCCCUCUCAAGAUGGAGCAAAUUCUCCCGUCCUCUCCUCUCAUGAGUCCUGGUCCCAGAGUAAGCAGGAAAAGCUAGUGGUAUGCGAUGUCAUUACUAAGAGGCAGUCAGAGUCUCUUCCUCUUUGCUCAAUGGUGGAUCCUUUAACAAAUGGAGUUGAUUGUUUACACAAACAAAGUCAAACCCCGAGUCAGCUACCUCUACCUACACCUCCAAGCCCACCACACAAAGCUAAAGACAUGACUGAGCCUCAGCUAUCAUCACUGGAUAGUUUAGGUGACGAGACUGAUUCCACUGGGGAUUUGCGCCCUCCAUCUCCUAUAGAUUUGUCCCGUAGUAUUGACCAAGCUCUAUUCAGUGAAUCCCUAUUCUCUCACAGUAUCUUUGGUUUACCAAGACUCUUCCAUACUUCUUCAAGUGUUUCCUUGAGCUCUCCUAGCCAAGAUACAUCAAAGCAAGGGCCCUGCACUGUGGGAGAUACCUUAUACCGAACCUCUUCUUGUGGAAAAAUGGAUCAAGAUAACACCAUUUUCAACUCUAAAGCUUCUCAACCACUCAGCAGUUUGACAUGUCACAACAAUCCAUCAAUACAAACAGAGCAUUGGGAUUGGAAAGGAAGUGUUACUGGCUCAACUCAGGGUUUGUGCAGCCACCCUAAAGAAACAGGAAAGGUGCGUUCCCAUUCCUGGGCCAACAGGGGUCAACACUUUGCUCAAAGUAGCCUCCCACGAGCAAUCCCCCAUCUGUCUUACAACAGACGUUACCGAACCUUGAGCUUGGCCUCCCAGGACAGUCAAGCCUCUGGCCGAUUAGUAGGGUCUAAACACUUGAGUGAAAGCAAACAAUUGGAAUGGGAUCUCGCUGUUCAAGCAGAGUUUGUCAAUGUGUGUAGACAAAUUGAUGCACUGAGUGUUUGCAGUGAUACCAUCGAAUUGUAGGAAGCCAUAAAAGCUUAGCUACUAUUGGGUUGCAGUCUACAUUGUACAGAAAUGCUAUAGUUUAAUCUAAUUAGGUUAGAUGGAGGUAUGAAACUGUACGUCAUAAAAAUUAUAUAAAUAAAUUAAUCACUUGAACCAGUGAAAUGUGAAUACAUAUUAUUGAUUCAAUUCAAGUAGAUCCAAAAAUUUUCUGUAAAUAAUGUUGAUAUUGUGAAAACCCAAAACCUGUCUUUUCACCCUCCCUCAUUAUCAUAUGAUGCUUGAUUCAGAUCCCAGGGGUCACGUGUUGGUCUGUCUUUGGCAUCAUUUCCAGAUUUGAGCAAAUUCAUUAAACUUCAACAUUUUAAUGGUGUAAAUUUGAGACAUGAGACCAAAUUUAAAGAAAGAAGAAACCCAGAAAAUUUUUAUUUCCUCCA